GUUUGAUCAAGUCAAACACGAUUUGAUCUUUUGUUUUUAGUUAAUAAAAUGUUCGAAAGAUUAGAAGAACAUUUUUUAACUUUGAAACAUUGAAGAUUCAGUUUAAUUUCUUUUGUUUUUUAGACUUAUUUUGAAAUCUUCUGCUUGGGUUGGAACACAGGAGAUGUUGUUUAUUUUGAUCUUGGCUCUGACGGUGACGGCUGGACUGGCCGGAGAUUUAAGCCAGACAUUGUGUGAACAUGUCCCCACGAUCGACUUAGGUCUCUGGGUGGCCAAAGUUCAUUCUUCAGAGCCUCUUGUUAUUACAAAGAUAUCCAGUCAACAUGGCGGAGACAUUGUGCUCUCGCGAGAUGACGGAAAGUACUUCGAGAUUCAAGGCAGUGCCGAGUACAACGUGACCACUCUCUGUCUGACAGUACAGGGUGUGUACAGGGGUGACGUCAAGCCGUCUGUCACCAUGGACGUGAACAUAUUGCCACAAUCCGAAGCCAGAACCAAGAGAGCGACUGAAGUCUGGACUUUGGCGUCCGUCCCGCAGACUACAGACAUUAAGACGUUGAUGCAUGGAUUUGAACCCUACCAUCAUUUGUGGGGUCAGGGGGAGUUGUCGGCAACAACCAAGCAUUCCUCCAGCCCAGCCCUCACAGUGCACUAUCCUAAGGGCUCCUACGCCGUCACACCCCAACGCGGAGCUGGAUUUAUGACAACUCCUACCAACUUGCCAGACGGAGUUACAUCAUUGAUACUGAAAUAUGACGUCUACUUUGAGAAUUUUGGUUUCGGGUGGGGCGGUAAAUUGCCAGGUCUGUACGGCGGAGAUAAAACAGAGGGCGCCUUUAAGUGCUCCGGAGGAAACAACCCUGGGACUUGUUUUUCUUUAAGAUUGAUGUGGCGAGAGAACGGUGAUGGUGAGGUCUACGCUUACAUCCCACGUGAGCAUCAAGCGAGUGACUUUGAGCACCGACCUGACAUUGAGCUCAACUACUCCUACGGACACUCCCUGAUGAGAGGAGCAAUCAGGUUUAGGAGUGGAUCCUGGCAGACGGUGACUGAAGAGGUUCACUUGAACACUCCCCAGCAGGCCAAUGGGCGUGUCAAGUUCUGCCUGAAGCACGGAUCGGAAGCGGAAGUGUGUAAGGAAGCCACGCGCCUCAACUUCCGAAACCAUGCCGACUACUUCCUGAGGGGAAUGAUGUUCUCAACCUUCUUCGGGGGCAGCUCCAGCACACACUUCGCUGCUCCCAACGACUGCCACACUUACUUCCGGAACUUCGCACUGAUCAUUCCAUCCAGCACUGUCGUGGGUUGACCAAUGUCCUGUUGAACACUGCCCAGUAGGCCCUAAUAAAGUUUUUUUUUUAAACUUC